GAGCCAUGCGGGAUCGCCCGGUGCUGUCGCCAGCAGAGCCAUGAGCAGCUGUCGCCACAAUGGGGGGGUGGCGCGACCCCGGGGACCCCCGAGCGCCGCCCGCACCCCGCAACCGCCGCCCUGCCCCAGCCCCCGCCUGCAGGUCGUGGUGUCCCGGCCCGAGCAACCAGGGACGGCGGAGCCCGGCCCAACCGGGGUCCGAGCGGGGCAGGGGGCGGCGGAGGAGCGGCGGAACCAGAACAUCGGCUACAAGCUGGGCCACCGGCGAGCGCUCUUCGAGAAGCGCAAGCGGCUGAGCGACUACGCGCUCAUCUUCGGCAUGUUCGGCAUCGUGGUGAUGGUCACCGAGACCGAGCUCUCCUGGGGGGUCUACACCAAGGAAUCGUCGUAUUCGUUCGCCUUGAAAUGCCUUAUCAGCCUCUCGACGCUCAUCCUGCUGGGGCUCAUUGUUAUGUACCACGCCAGGGAGAUCCAGCUGUUCAUGGUGGACAACGGCGCCGACGACUGGCGCAUCGCCAUGACCUCGGAGCGUGUCUUCUUCAUCGCGCUGGAGCUGCUGGUGUGCGCCAUCCACCCCAUCCCGGGGCAGUACCUGUUCACCUGGACGGCCCGGCUGGCCUUCACCUACGCGGCCUCGGUGGCCCACGCCGACGUGGACAUCAUCCUGUCCAUCCCCAUGUUCCUGCGGCUCUACCUGAUCGGCCGCGUGAUGCUGCUGCACAGCAAGCUCUUCACGGACGCCUCGUCGCGCAGCAUCGGCGCGCUCAACAAGAUCAACUUCAACACGCGCUUCGUCAUGAAGACGCUCAUGACCAUCUGCCCCGGCACCGUGCUGCUGGUCUUCAGCAUCUCCUCGUGGAUCAUCGCCGCCUGGACCGUGCGCGUCUGCGAGAGGUACCACGACAAGCAGGAGGUGACCAGCAACUUCCUGGGGGCCAUGUGGCUGAUCUCCAUCACCUUCCUGUCCAUCGGCUACGGGGACAUGGUGCCACACACCUACUGCGGCAAGGGCGUGUGCCUGCUCACCGGCAUCAUGGGCGCGGGCUGCACGGCGCUGGUGGUGGCCGUGGUGGCCCGGAAGCUGGAGCUGACCAAGGCCGAGAAGCACGUGCACAACUUCAUGAUGGACACGCAGCUCACCAAGAGGGUGAAGAACGCCGCCGCCAACGUGCUCAGGGAGACGUGGCUGAUCUACAAGCACACCAAGCUGGUGAAGAAGAUCGACCACGCCCGAGUUCGGACCCACCAGCGUAAGUUCCUCCAAGCCAUCCAUCAGCUGAGGAGUGUGAAGAUGGAGCAGCGCAAACUCAACGACCAGGCCAACACCCUGGUGGACCUGGCCAAGACGCAGUCGGUGAUGCUGGAGCUGCUGUCGGAGCUGCAGGAGCGGCACGAGGAGCUGAGCCGCCGCCUGGGGGCGCUCGAGGCGCAGCUGGAGGCGCUGGGGGGGCUCCUGCAGGCGCUGCCCGCGCUGCUCGGCCGAGCCCUGCGCCAGCCCGGCCGGGUGGCCUCGGAGCGCCAGGAGCCCCGCGGGGGUGCCGGGAGCGGUGACAUCCCCGCGAGGUCCCCACCCCGGCGCCACCUCAGCGCCGCCACCCCCCGUGUGGCGAUGUCACCGCCGCCAGCGCGUGCCAGGCGUGUCACCUUCCAGGACGAGCUGGGGACAGCGCGGGGGGCGCGAGGGGACGGCGCUGGGUCCCCAAAAGUGUCCCCAAGGAUGUCACUGUGGUCGGGGGCUGUGUCCCCAAAAGUGUCACCGCGGCCGGACGAUCCGUCCCGGAAGGAUCCGUCCCGACAUUCCCGGGCCCGGCUGGAUCCAUCCCAGAAUUCCAGGGCCCGCGCCGCCGCCGCCGCCGCCUCCGCCGCUCCCGGCUGCCAUUUUAAGGUGAACAAAGCGGCGGAGAGGCGGCAGGUGAGCGGCUCGGCGGGACCGGGAACCCCCGGUACCGGCAGCGGUACCGGCACCGGCAGCGCGGGGGGAGGGCGGUACCGGAACGGGAGGGAGCACCGGGGGGUGGGGGGGGUCUCCGCUCCCCGCUGCGCACGGAGGGGUUCGUCCUUCCCCGAGGCACCGGGGGCCCCGCCGCGCUUCUCUCCGCGGUACCGGGGUCCCCACCGGCACUCGGGUCCCCGCCGGUACCGGGUUCUAAAGCGGAACCGGGGUCCCCACCGGGUCCACACCGCGGUACCGGGGUCCCCACCGGGUCCACACCGGUACCGGGGUCCCCACCGGCACUCGGGUCCCUGCCGGUACCGGGUUCUAAAGCGGUACCGGGGACCCCACCGGCACUCGGGUCCCCGCCGGUACCGGGUUCUAAAGCAGAACCGGGGUCCCCACCGGGUCCACACCGAGCGGUACCGGUGUCCCCACCAGCACUCGGGUCCCCGCCGGUACCGGGUUCUAAAGCGGAACCGGGGUCCCCACCGGCUCCGCACCGAGCGGUACCGGUGUCCCCAACGGCUCCGCACCGGUACCGGGCUCCCCGACACCGCCGAAAUCCCCUCCGUGCUGCCCCCGGUAGCGCUCCCGCCGCUCUGCCCCACGUGA